GCACAAACACUACACACAGCAUAGAACACUAACUCUCAAGUUCAGCCCGACAUCGUAGUCCAGUAGCUUUCUUUGGAGCAAGGUUCUUUGAAGAUGUUUUGGUAUCAGAAAUGAUGCAUUUCACGUGUUCAUUCCACUCUCGAACUAAGCAUAGCUGCUUCUUGGCCCGCUCAAUUACAUCCAAAACUGCUUGUGUUAGCUUUUUCUCUUUCUCAAGAGCUCUUAGAUUUUCUUCCAUGACUGGCUUAGACGUGCACACAUUUCCCUGGAACUCGCGGCAUUUCUCAAGCAUUGUGUUGAACUUAUUCACUGCUUCAACU